AUGGGCUCCAUCUCAACCAACUUCUCCGACAAAGGGACCAAGGUUCUCUCGCCCUCGACGCUCGCGCACGUGGUGCUGCGCACCAACAACUUCUCCGCCAUGAGGGACUUCUACACGACCUUCCUCGGCGGGACCAUCACGUACGGCAACAACUUCAUCUCCUUCAUCACGUACGACGAGGAACACCACCGGAUCGCCCUGAUCGGGAUCCCGGACACGGCGCCCAAGGCACCCACGACGUGCGGGCUGGAACACAUCGCAUUCACGUUCCCGACUCUGUCGGCGCUGCUCCUCGCGUACCGACAGCGCCUGGCCAGGGGCAUCAAGCCAGUGUGGAGCGUCAACCACGGCCCCACCACGUCCAUCUACUACAAAGACCCCGACGGGAACAUGCUCGAGACGCAGGUCGACAACUUCGACACGGUCGACGCGGCCAACGAGUUCAUGAACAGCAAGUACUUCGCCGAGAACCCCAUCGGGACCGACUUUGACCCGGAGGAACUCAUCCGCAAGAUCGAGGGUGGCGUCGCCGACGAGGCCGAGUUGAAGAAGCGCGUCGAAAUUGGGCCGAGGGGCCUGCCGGAUUUGUCGGCCUUGUAG